GCGCCUAUAGAGAUGCACAGUCACACAUCUGUCCCCAGCGCAGCCCCGGCCCCCCCGCAGCCGCGCUCGGAAGUGCGGCCGUGACGCCUCCCCACGCGGGGCCGCUUCCGCUCCCACCCGCGGCGGCGGCGGCGGCCCGAGCCCGGGGCGCGGCAGGAGACCAGCGAGAUGUUUGCCUUCUGCGUGCCCGGCGCCGCGGCGAACGCCCCGUUUCGGCAGGGCCAGGGGGACCCGGCGCUGGGCACGGCCGUGCCGGGGGCCGGCUGCGGGCAGGACUCCAACUCCAACUUCGUGGGAGAGGUGUGUGACAGCAACGAGAACUGGAGCCGGGCAGCGCCGGGGACCCCGCUGGAGGAGAGCUCCAGCCGGAGCGAAAACACCGCAAAUCCGUCCGAUAAUCUGCUGUUAUUAACGCAGAGACAGAUGGUCCAGGGCCGGCUUAGGGACACCGCCCCAAGCCUGGGCACUGUGCGGCCGUGUCUCCCCGAGCCGGGGGUGCGCAGCCCCCCCGAGGGAGCGGAGGUCGGCGGGGCGGGAGGCCAAAACGCCACCGAGGAGCCAGGAGGGGGAUGCGGCGAGGCCCCGAGCUCCCCCGUGGAGGACAACGGCUACGCCAGCAGCUCCCUCAGCAUCGACAGCCCCGACAGUGCCUGCGGCAGCACCUGGGACCCUCCCGCCACUGCCCCCCGCCCAGGGACCCCACCCCAGGUAGGGGCGGCUGAGCCCGGGACCCUGUUCCCAGCACUGGCGGAGGCCGUUCAGCACCUCCAGGACAAGGAGCGCUUCAAGGAGCGGGAGAAGGAGAAGCACCACAUCCAGCUGGUGAUGUACCGGCGCCUGGCCCUGCUGCGCUGGAUCCACGGCCUCCAGCAGAAAGUCGUGGACCAGCAGAACCGGCUGCAGGAGAGUUUUGACACCAUCCUGGACAACCGCAAGGAGCUCAUCCGCUGUAUGCAGCACGGCCCGGCAUGUCCCGCCGGCGCGGCUGCCCCCAGUCCCUAAGGUGCCCCCAGGGCCGGUGCGGGGCCGGUCAGCAGCAUCUCUGUGCUGCACGCUGGUGCUGAGCGCUCGCUGGGCGCCUGCUGCCCGCCCUGUCCUUCCCGUCUCUCUCCAACUUAGCCAAGAGUCCCCAAAGCAUCAUCUUGAUUUUCCCUCUGCAUGGGAGUUAAUUUUUCUCCUGCACCAUGUCCCACCGGUCUUGGGACUGUGGUGUCGGGCUGGGUAGACAUCAGGACCUUGGGGUUUGCUGAGCCUGGGAUGACGAGGCUCAUCUUUUAAAUCUAAUUGAUCUCCUUUGUGUGAGGCUGUGGCGGGACAGGCUCUGAGCUCCCUGUGGGCCUCGGGGCAGCAAAGCUUUAAAUGUACCUUGGCAAAGCACUUCAGUGUGUCCUGGGGCACAGACACAAGCCCACCUCACCCCCACAUCCCCACCCGUGUGCCCGUUCGGAAACAACCCAGCCACCCUUAAACAUUGCUGGUGCUUUCGGUGGGACCAAGGUGUCCGGAGCCGCUUUUGGGUUCACGGCCUAAUGAAGCACAUGUAGAAGCUUUGCAGAUAAGAUCUAAACUCAUGCAGAGCGAUGGGGAGAGAGAGGGAAAUAAAAAUCACUCUGAAAAGUGACCUCGGAAUGCUGAAGAGUGAAUUUAAGUGUCAACUGAUUUUAAUCCAAUAUAUAUAUUUAUUUUUUAGAUUCAGUAUUAGAGAAGAGUUAACUUAGGUUUUUCCUCGCAGCCAGUGUGUGUAUAUGCACAUCUGUCUGUUGCGGGAGAUGCUUUAACACGGUGCAUGAUCAGGAAGCUGCUUGCGAAGUCGUGCUGUUGGUGUUUGUAUUAAUUUAUCACUCGAAAGCAAAGAGAGUAUUUUUUUCUAAUCUGCAUUUUAUCCAGUGAGAACUGCAUACAGAAUACAAAGAGCAGUCAUCAAAUAGAGGUUAAAAAGGAGAUGCUGUGUUUGUUUGCUGUAUUUUACUAAGUGUUAGUAUGACAUGUAUGACUCUAUUUAAGUUGCUGAUGCAGAAGGAACAGCAGUGGGCUGGUUUCUCUGCCAGCCAAGGGCUCAGCCAGGAGGGGACCAAGGGGACCCAUCCUGCCCAGAGUCCUGGGGACACGGCUCACUGGAGGGGUCCUGCAGCACCCCCGAAAGCUGGUGCUGCUCUGGCUGCCGCCGCAUCCUGCUCAUUCAUGUCCAGCGCCUGCUGCCUGUUUUGUGUCCCAGACGUGUGAUCGUGGGCAUGUUGCGCACCUUAAUAAACGCUUUGGAGGUGA